CAAAGCCAUUGGUUACAUAAACGCAAUUCAGGACAAUAAACACAAUGACGGACUUCCCAAACCAAACGUUAAACAAUACUUGUUUUAUUUUAUUUUAAUUUACUCUUCUUUUCCAUUAGUUCUUUCUUCCACUGAUAAUCCAAAGUUCCCUCCCUUACUUUAAAUCAACAAACAUCUCAAGAGAGUGUGUGUGAGAGAUGGCAAGCAUUGCUGGUACAUGUCCUUUAGGAGCAUUGCUCAGAAACAUCUCAGAAAACAAUGGGAAGAUAUCUGUCGUUCAUUAUGAGGGGCUUAGAUUGCAGCAGAGACUACAAAUGCAUUCGCCAAGUCACUACAUUUCAGCUUCUUCAUCAGCUCCAAGAUGCAGAACAAUCAAGGUCAUGGCUUCACCAACUGUUGCAGCACCAAAGAGAGAAAAGGAUCCAAAAAAGCGAGUAGUAAUAACAGGAAUGGGUCUUGUGUCUGUCUUUGGUAGUGACAUUGAUGGCUUUUACAACAAGCUUCUUGAGGGAGAAAGUGGGAUAAGCCUAAUAGAUAGGUUUGAUGCCUCAAACUUCCCGGUCCGUUUUGGAGGUCAGAUACGUGAUUUCUCUUCAGAAGGCUACAUUGAUGGCAAGAAUGACCGGCGCCUUGACGAUUGCUGGAGGUAUUGCAUUGUUGCAGGCAAGAGGGCCCUUGAUGAUGCCAACCUUGGACAGCAAGUCCUGGACACUCAGAUGGACAAAACAAGAAUAGGAGUUCUGGUGGGAUCAGGAAUGGGAGGUAUAACGGCUUUCUCUACUGGUGUGGAAGCUCUUGUACAGAAGGGGUAUAAGAAAAUUACUCCAUUUUUCAUUCCCUACUCCAUCACCAACAUGGGUUCUGCCUUGUUGGCCAUAGACACAGGCCUAAUGGGUCCCAAUUAUUCCAUUUCCACUGCUUGUGCAACGGCGAAUUACUGCUUUUGUUCGGCUGCUAAUCACAUUAGAAAAGGUGAAGCAGAUAUCAUGGUGGUUGGUGGAACUGAGGCUGCAAUCAUGCCUAGUGGUCUUGGAGGCUUCAUUGCUUGCAGGGCUUUGUCUCACAGGAAUGAAGGCCCCAAGAAGGCUUCAAGACCAUGGGACAAAGAUCGUGAUGGUUUUGUGAUGGGUGAAGGCUCUGGUGUGCUGGUAAUGGAGAGCUUGGAGAGUGCAACAAAAAGGGGAGCCAGAAUAAUAGCAGAAUAUUUGGGGGGUGCCAUAACAUGUGAUGCUCAUCACAUGACUGAUCCAAGAGCUGAUGGGCUUGGAGUUUCAUCUUGCAUAAGCAAGAGUUUAGAAGAUGCUGGAGUUUCCCCUGAAGAGGUAAACUAUGUGAAUGCUCAUGCCACAUCAACACUGGCUGGUGACUUGGCUGAGGUUAAUGCAAUUAAAAAGGUUUUUAAGGACACGUCAGAAUUGAAAAUGAAUGCAACUAAGUCAAUGAUUGGUCAUGGUCUUGGGGCUGCUGGUGGUUUGGAAGCCAUAGCAACAAUCAAAGCCAUAACAACUGGCUGGUUGCAUCCAACCAUUAACCAAGAUAACUUGGAGGCUAGUGUUACCAUUGACACUGUCCCUAACGUUAAGAAGAAGCACGAAGUGAAUGUUGGUAUAUCCAACUCAUUUGGAUUCGGUGGACACAAUUCAGUAGUUGUCUUUGCCCCAUUCAGGCCAUAAGUAGAAUUCAAACUCAACCUGAGUAUUUCUUUUACUUUGUCUUUUUUUUUUCUUUACACAUUUUGAGAACCAGUGAUUUUUGGACACAAAUUCAUAGGACUAUAUGAGUUAUGGAUGGAAAAUAGUUGUUUCGUAUGUAUUGAAAUCAUAUACCCAGAUCGUGUGGUCUAAUGUAAUGAGCCCUGAAGACUGAAGUCAAUAAAAUAUAAUUUUCAGUAAUUGUGUUGAA